CGCUGGGAAUUGUGGACGCCCCCCCCCCGAAAGCAGCAGCGGCAGAGUCGGCGGUUCCACUGUCGCGUACCCAGCUCGGUCGCGAACAACGAGAUUCGAUUUGAACACCUAAUUCGAUACACGUUUUAAUCUCAACUCGUUUAGUUAAUAACUUGGGCGUGUUUGUGCGUCGUCGCCGCUAUCGUUGGGCCGGAUUUGUAUCGCGGGAAGAGGCGGUACAGAGGAGCAGCCCCCCACGUGCAGACAGGUUUUCCAUUCACGCUGCAUCAUGCCUGAGAAGAGGCCAUUUGAACGGUUGCCGAUGGAUGUCCUGCCACUCAACUAUGCGCUCACUCUCAAGCCCGAUGUCAAGGAUUCCACAUUCGAGGGCCGUGAGGAAAUCCUUUUGGAGGUGAAGCAACCAACUGGACAAAUUGUGAUGAACUGUGCCGACAUUGACAUCAACACGGCGUCGUACAUUCCUGAGGGUGGAGAAGAAAUAAACGCAACAGGAUUUAACUAUCAGAACGAAGACGAGAAGGUGGCACUGUCCUUCCCAUCGACCCUAGAACCUGGCAGCGGAAUGCUGAAAAUUGAGUUUGUCGGAGAGCUCAACGAUAAGAUGAAGGGGUUUUACCGCAGCAAGUACACGGCGGCGUGCGGAGAGGCGCGCUACGCUGCCGUCACCCAGUUCGAGGCUACUGACGCGCGGAGGGCCUUCCCCUGUUGGGACGAGCCAGGCAUCAAGGCCACAUUUGAUGUGACGCUCAUCGUGCCACAGGAUCGCGUGGCACUCUCCAACAUGAACGUGUUGGAGCGCAAGCCUCACGAGGCUGACCCGGAGCUGGUGGAGGUGCGGUAUGCGCGCACGCCCAUCAUGUCCACCUACCUGCUGGCCUUCGUGGUGGGAGAGUUCGACUUUGUGGAGGCACGCUCGUCCGAUGGAGUGCUUGUCCGCGUCUACACGCCCCUGGGAAAGUCGGAGCAGGGCAAGUUUGCUCUCGAGGUUGCCACAAAGACGUUGCCUUUUUACAAGGAUUACUUCAAUGUUCCGUAUCCUCUGCCAAAAAUCGAUCUCAUCGCCAUCGCUGACUUUGCCGCGGGUGCCAUGGAGAAUUGGGGUCUUGUCACUUACAGGGAAACGGCCCUGUUGGUGGACCCCAAAAACUCGUCCUCGGCUUCCAAACAGUGGGUGGCCCUUGUCGUGGGUCACGAGCUCGCUCACCAGUGGUUUGGCAACCUCGUCACCAUGGAGUGGUGGACUCACCUGUGGCUGAAUGAGGGCUUUGCCUCGUGGAUCGAGUACCUCUGCGUGGAUCACUGCUUCCCAGAGUUCGACAUCUGGACCCAGUUUGUCUCCACGGACUACGCCCCUGCCCUGGAGCUGGACGCCCUGGACAACAGUCAUCCCAUCGAGGUACCAGUUGGCCACCCUUCGGAGGUGGAUGAAAUUUUUGAUGCCAUCUCGUACAGCAAGGGUGCCUCGGUGAUCCGCAUGCUGCACGACUACAUCGGCGAUGAGGAUUUCAAGAAGGGGAUGAACAUGUACCUGACCAAGUUUCAGCACAAGAACGCAGCCACAGAGGAUCUGUGGGAGAGCCUGGAGCAGGCGAGCGGGAAGCCGGUGGCGGCCGUCAUGAGCUCUUGGACCAAGCAGAUGGGUUUCCCCGUGCUGCACGUCUACUCCGAACACCAAGGUGAAAGCUGCACAUUGCAUAUUUCCCAAAAGAAGUUCUGUGCAGGUGGCUGCUUUAAAGGUGAGCAGACUCCCGAGUGGAUGGUGCCUGUGAGCGUGUGCCUGAGCGAGGACCCGGAGCAUGCCAAAGUGAAGUUCCUCCUCGACCAGCCCGAGAUGAGCAUCACCGUGGCUGACGUGCAGCAGGGCCAGUGGCUCAAGCUGAACCCGGGCACCGUGGGGUUCUACAGGACACACUACAGCUCCGAGAUGCUGGACGCGCUCCUCCCCGCUAUCCGUGACCUGUCCCUUCCGCCCCGCGAUCGCCUUGGCAUCCAGAAUGACCUCUUUGCUCUGGCCCGUGCAGGAGUGGUGAGCACAGUGGACGUGCUCAAGGUGCUGGAGGCUUUUGUGAACGAGCCCAACUACACGGUGUGGAGUGACAUCUCCUGCAGCCUGACUGCCCUGUCAAGCUUGCUGUCCAACACCGAUUUCUACCAGGUCUUCCAGGACUUCACCAUCGACAUCUUUGCCCCAUUGGGCCAGCGCAUCGGAUGGGACCCAAAGCCAGGGGAAGGCCACCUUGAUACACUGCUGCGAAGCUUAGUGCUCGGCAAGCUGGGCAAGGCAGGGCAUGGCCCCACCGUGGAGGAGGCCCGCCGCCGCUUUCGCGAGCACGUGGACGGCAAACACCUUUUGCCAGCUGACCUUCGCGGCCCGGUGUACGUGACUGUUCUGAAGCAUGGCGAUGCCAGUACGUUGGACACCAUGCUGAAGAUGCACAAGCAGACGGACAUGCAGGAGGAGCGCGUACGCAUCGAGCGCGUACUGGGUGCCGUCGCCACUGCCGAGCUUCUGCAGAAGGUGCUCGCCUUCGCCAUGUCGGACGAGGUGCGUUCGCAGGAUACGGUGUUUGUACUUGGGGGGGUGUCGGGCGGAAGCAAGCUGGGCCGUAGCAUGGCCUGGAAGUUCGUGCAAGACAACUGGUCGGAGCUGCACAAUCGCUACCAGGGUGGCUUCUUACUCGCCCGCCUAGUCAAGCUGACCACCGAAGGGUUCGCGAGCGAGAAGAAAGCACAAGAAAUUAAGGCAUUCUUCACGGCUCACCCUGCACCAGCGGCAGAGCGCACAGUGCAGCAGUCGUGCGAGAACAUACUGCUCAACGGAGCGUGGCUGAAACGCGAUGCCGAAUCCGUUCACCUUUACCUCCAGCACCGCAGGCCAGGCCCCGCCAUCCGAGUGUGAGGCCACGUGAAGCAGUGCGUCCGCAGAAUCCCCAUGGCAGGCCUGCGUGGCAUCGUGUGAAUACCAGAACAGUGCUGUCAUAGGAAAUAGUUGCUCAUUUUGCAUUGCUGCUCAUUUUGGCAGUUGCUGUAUUAAUGUCAAUAACAUAUAAACCAUGUUUUUGUGAUUGUUGUUAGCUGUAAUUAGCUGUGUGACUUGCAAAUGUGUUUUUUUUUCCUCAUCGUGGUUAGUGUUCCAACAAUGCAUGUAGAAAGUUUCAAUACUUGAACAAAAAAGCCUGCUAAUUACAAUGAAAUGACUGUAAUGUAUCAGCAACUCGUUAAUGUGUGCAGAUAUUGAAUUGUCUUGUAAUUUGUGAAAAAGGAGACCUUACAGGAUUAUUAUAUUGUUUUACUAUAGCGAAUGUAUAACACUGUUGCUAUGUUUACAUGCACAAGCAAUUCAAUCAACAAAUUAUUGAAAAAAAUACAUGUUAAUUUUUAAAUGUAGAUUAAAUUGAAACUAGAUUUAGGCAUAAAUAUGUAAACAUCAUUUGCUGUGAACAUGAUUGCCACUGGCAUGUAAACUAAACAGUAAUGGAACUGAUACAAGUACCUCUGCUUCAGCAGCAAGACUUUAAGGUUGUCUGCUCCUUCCACCAUCGCAAGCUGUGGUGAGUAGUUUCUAAAAUUGUAAGGAUUAGGGUUAAAAUCAAGGUGUAACAUUUAUUAAGUCUUGGGAACUAAAAUGAAAUGAGCGAUCAGAAAUUGUCUUGAAGGUGGCAUUAAACUGCAGUGGAGCAGUGACAAUGUUCCUUUCCCUGUCUCUGCAUCAUACCAAGCAAACAAGUAUACCACUAUACCGUAUAUUUGUCGUAAAAGGUAACACUAAAUUGGCGAUUUAAACCAAGAGCAAUGCUAGCGCCUUCACUUUGGUAACAAUUCAGUGAGAACGGUUAGCCAGAGUAUUACCAAUUACUGCAUACAUUUACAAUCGUUUAAUAGCAAUCGAGUUUGAGCAUGCACAACACCAUAUAUAUAAUCUGAGAAAAAUAAAAAAUUAUUCAUGUUCUCUGAAACCGAUUUCUUUUCAUAAAUUGCAAAUAUGCAGGUUUUCUAUUAAAAACCCAAGUAGAGGGAAUCUAACGGCUUUGUAUACUUAUGAAGUGCGUGAACAGUAACUUCAGGGGCUGUGCAUAAUGCGGUUACCCAAAGUGUCCAUUGGGCAGGCCCGCAGGGUCAUUGCUUGACCUGAGACGCUAUCCAGAACCGUUUGGUUUCCUCCACCUUCAAUCACCAUCAGUUCUUUGACGUCCUGGUGCCCAAGACACAGGUUGGGAACUGCCAUUAAGACACAGGUCCUCCUUUCUCAAGAUGAUUACCCAAUGUUUUUGUGUUCAGUUCACCAUGUGUGUUCUCCAUUGUCAUAUGUGCUGCUCUUGUGUUUCAAAUUUCCAAAUGAUCAGGGAAUGUAAUAAAGCUGCAUUUCAGUACUUCCCUAUGCUGUAACCUCUUUGAUCUCAUCGAUUAAUUCUUAAAUUAUUGUAGGCCCACAGGGGGACAGUGAAAACACUGAAGACAUGAUAGUAUGUUCAAGAUUGGUAUACAAUUAAGACAUACUUGAGGGAUCCGAAUCUUGUUUUGCUUUUAUAUUUAGUAAAUGAUUGAAUGAUAACAAUACAUUUAAUAACAUGUUUGGGUCAAGCAGUGUUUUUCAUCUAGUAAUUAUGCCUUUUUUAUUGUCAGGCCAUUUUGCGGAGCAGGAAAGGUGCCUUUCACUGUGGUUCCAUAUAGCUGUGGUUUUAUGUUGCAAUAAAAAGCUUUUGGGAUGAAAAGGUGACUUUAUAAAUAUUGAAUAUAAUGUAUUGAAAUACGCUCAGUGUAUUAAAGUGCAUGUAAAAGCAUAGGGUACAUUUUUGCUGCAGUGAUGACGGCCUGAUAUGUUAACAUGGAUUUUUUCAGUUGAAAUAUACAUUAAAACUAAGGGAUGAGUAA